ACUAUAGUGAAGCUCAUAUAUACCUCUUUAAUGAGUUUGAACCUCUAAAAGACCACACUAUUUUACAAUCAGACCAAUAUCCAAUAUAUUAUCAAACACCAUUAAGAUCCUAUCCUGAAUACUUAACAUCUAAUACUUUGCCAGACCUCUUUAUACCAGAUCUAGCAUUCAUAUCUGGACCUUCUUUAAUAGAAUCUCUUAAUAAUAUACAGCUAUUAUCACACUCUACAACAAGAGCUUCAACCAAUGCCUCUUCUAACACAAAUUACCUAACAAACUUAAACAACAAACCUCAAACCCAACUACUUAAUCUAUUCAUUU